AUGGAGCCAGAACCGACCGUCAACAAGACCGAUAUUUAUAAUUAUAUUCAUCCCUGCUAUGUAUUAGAUAAUACGACUUAUGUAUUUGCAAGUAAUCCUUCAAUUGUAUGCGUUUCUUUGUAUGUUUUUCUCGGCUUAUUAUCCGUUUGCACAAUAUGUGGAAACCUUCUGGUAAUAAUGGCCGUCAUUUACUUCAGACAGCUCCACAGCCCCACUAACUACCUCAUUCUGUCUUUAGCCGUGGCCGAUCUGCUGGUGGGGGUUCUGGUUUUUCCUUUCAGUAUGGCGUUCACCGUGUUCUCCUGUUGGUAUCACGAAGGCCUCUUUUACAGGUACUAUGCCGUGUGUCGGCCUCUGACUUAUAGAAGUAUAAUAAAUUACCGUGUUAUCGGCGUCAUGGUCUUUGUAAGCUGGGGUGUUUCUGCGCUAAUAGGAAUCGGUAUCACCGUUGCAGGAUUUAAUCAAGGAAAAUGCGAAGAAAGUUGCUUAAUGGAUGCGUUGAUAUCUACCACCCUGGCAUGUAUAUUCUCCUUUUACAUCCCAGUCAUUAUCAUGCUUAGUAUCUACUUAACAAUAUUUCUUGUUGCGCAAAAACAAGUCCGGCUCAUCCAGACCACAACAUGUCAGAGUACAAAGUCAGGAACUGUCAGUAAAAUGGAAAGAAAAGCUACCAAAACUUUAGCUAUAGUCAUGGGUGUUUUUAUUUUAUGUUGGACGCCCUACUUCGUUUGUAUCAUUUUUCAACCGUUAACAUUUAACGUAACGCCGGUUGCUGUGAUCGAAACACUAAACUGGCUAACGCUUUCUAAUUCCAUGCUUAAUCCCUUUAUUUAUGCUUUCUUUUACAGCUGGUUCAGGACAGCUUUUAGACUGAUUAUCACCGGAAAGAUAUUUUAUGGGGAUUUUACCAACACAAAAUUAUUUUGA